GACAAAACCCGCCAUCACCUUCCUCAAUUUCCAUAUCGCACGCCAAUUCCACCGCCAUGGACGACACCGAUCAAACCCAAACCGAAACCCCGACCCGAAUCACCGAUCCACUCACCAACGCCUUCGGAUCCCUCAACGACCUCGCCCCCGAACUUGCCUCUCUCCAAGAUCUCGCCACGCGCGGCUCGUGGCGCUCAAUUCUCGACAAAGUCUCACGCGCCCGCUCCCUCUCUCUCCUCACUCUUCCCCACCACCACCUCACCUACCUCUCCUACAAUGCCCUCGCUUUGAUGAAACUACGUCGUUUCAACGACGCUGCCCUGGAGCUCGACUCGCUCGAAGACUUCAACAGUUCCGGUUACCAGUACGAAUCGUACCCGCAUGCCUAUCCCAACCGGACCGGAUCCAUGGUCCCCUUCUCCCUCCGGUGGCUUCACGCGGUUCUCCCGUUUAAGAUGUCGAACCGGCAGGAAGGUCUUGACCGGUUUUAUCUCCUUCUCGAUUUCGUCCGUGAGAAAUUAAGGCAAAAAGUCGACGAGAAAUUGGAUUUGUCGGCGAGUGCGUGGAGGAAACGAGAAGUUUUUGUGGUUAAUUGUUUGAUUGGUUAUCAUCUGAGUGGGAAAGAGUUUGGUGUUUGUUUGAAUCUGAUUCGAGAUUUGUUGAAAAAUUCUGACGACUUUGACCCUGUGUUGGUCUCCAGAUUAGGAUACAUUCAGAUGCAAAUCGGGGAUUUGGAGGGUGCCACGACGUCGUUCAAUCGGGUUGAGGAAUUGCUGACGUCGAAGAAGAGUGAUGAGACUGUUGUUGAGUUGAGGAAUCUUGUGAACCGGAACAAGGCUUUGGUGUAUUUGAUCGGGAAGGAUUACGUAUCGGCGGUGAGGGAGUAUGAGGAGUGUAUAGAAAGGGACGGCAGUGACAUUGUGGCGGUGAAUAACAAGGCUUUGUGUUUGAUGUAUUUGAGGGAUUUAUCAGAUGGCAUUAAGGUGUUGGAGAAUGCGCUCGAGAGAGUGCCCACAGUGGCGCUGAAUGAGACGGUGGUGGUGAAUUUGUGUAGUAUGUAUGAGUUGGCUUAUGUGAAUCACUCGGAUAUUAAGCGGACAUUGAGUAAUUGGAUUGCCAGGGUUGCGCCCGAUGAUUUUGAUUCAUCGUGCACAAGAAUUUGAGGAUGAGUCUGUGCAAGCUUUCAAUAAUGCAUAUAAUAUUCAUUUGAGUUGGCCUUGAUCUGGAACAUAUCAUACUCAGAGAGACAUGGAAUAGAGCCACUCCCCUUUGAGUGUUGUUGAGAUGACAUUCCUGGAGGAUAUGCUAAUUUUUGUUUUCAAUUAUGAUUUCUUGUCCUAAUUUGUGCGUUAAGAAUGGUUUAAAACUAACUCAUUUCACUCUUCAGAUGACUGGAUGAGUCCCUUUUUGUCUAUGGUGAUUGCUGCUGUUAAUUUUCGAUGUCUGAUUAAGAUUGUACAAAUCUUUUGUUUAGCUUGAGGUGAGGAGAUGAUUUCAUUUCUCAUUGAAUGAACUGUAAAUGAAUCAUGUAUAUUUCUGAUUGGUGGUAGCACUGUCUAGACUCGGUGAAGGAAACUGAUUACCUUUGUCGACGCUAUAAUGUUUGAACUGCUGAGUGGACUGCUUUAUUUUAUAAUGUUAAUCAAUCAGACGAUGAAUCCAUCAAAUUAGAUAAGUUCAUAUGGACAAUUUAUGCUUUUUUAUUCUGGCUUUUGCUAUGUACAAGGUCUUGUAAUGUUUUGGGAAUGGUUU